GGGGUUUGUUUUGAUGCUGCGCGGUUUGUUGUCCAACGUGUUGGCGACUACUUCUGCGAUGCUCUCCACCGAAAGAGAACCGACAACAGGCACAAUGUCAGCUGUAGAGACCCGAGAGGAAAGCGGAGCUCCGGAAGAAGAGCUGAGAGGGACUAAGAGGAAGAUUUCCCUCUCAAAGUGUGGACUUUGCGGAUCAGAGGAGGCCAAGUACACAUGUCCUGCCUGUCUGGCCCAUUCUUGCAGCUUACUGUGCGUGAAGAAACACAAAGAAGAUUCAGGAUGCAGCGGAGUUAGAAAUAAAACUGCCUUUGUGACCCUCUCACAGUUUGAUGAGAUGGCACUUCUCAAUGACUACAGGUUCCUGGAGGACACCGGGCGAUUUGCUGACGGUGCUAACAGAGACGGUCUCGUCCGGACCCCGAGAUCGACUUUUAAAGCUAAAAGAUUGGCAGCUAACGCCCGGAAGUUAAACAUCACGCUGAGGUUCCUCCCCGUCACCUUCACAAGGAGCAGAGAAAACUCCACCUUCUUCCUGGCAAAAGAACGACUUUUCCUGUGGCACGUGAAGCUCAUCUUUCCUCAGAGCGGCUCAGAGUUCAGUCAGAGGAGGGUGUCGGAGAAGCAAACCCUGGAACAGAUCUUGACCCCUUACAUUCACCCUACAGAGUCUGACCCUGUGACACGACAAAAGCUGAAGAUCUAUGUUCACGCUCCCUUUGACCAUGUGAAGGUCUUCAUGAAAGCCGAGGGGAGAAAAGCCAACUCAGUGAGGUACCAUGAGUUGGACAUCAACAAAAGCCUGAAGGACAACCUGAGUUACAAAACACUGAUUGAAUAUCCUGUGCUGCAUGUUGUGCUAAGAGACCAAUGGAAGAACUAUCCACUGAAAGGACCAGCUGAUCCUGCAACAGCCUGUGGUAGUUUAACAACAAAGAGCAACAAGUUGGUCCAAGACAAAGAGGAUGUGACCAAAGUUUCACCAUCCAAAGAAGGGACACACAACCCGGCUGGUACCAACAUCUGGACAGAAACCCCUGAGACAAGCCCUGAAGCUGAACCGCCAAAACAGAAGAGGGCCAAGAGAGAGUUAAGCGAGGAAAAACUAGAGGAGGGCGAGAUCAUGGACAGCAACGAUGAAGAGGAAAGAAAUGCAGACGAAAAGACCCCAUGUGACGUGAGCUGCAAUGGUGACAAAAGCCCUGACGUGAAUAAAGACUAACCAGCAGACCAUGUGGUAACUAACGACUGUAUGACUAAACACAUUGACAGCAGCAGGGUAUAGAAAACGACUUUUCUGGUUCAACCGAUGACAAGUCAGCUUCCAGAGAGAGCGCUGAGGUCGGCAUGACUAAGGAGGACGCUGUGAAAGAGCUGGAGCCUGUUCAGACCUUGUCACUGUCAGGUUGAAAAUGAGUCAGCGAGCGCUGCCGACAGCCGGGGAUCGGAAUGAUAAUGCCCAGAUGUUCACAAUGAAAUAAAUGAGGAGGCAGACAUAUCUGACAGGAAGCCAUCAAUCAUUGGACCAAUAGAGCAAUCCAACCUGACAGACUUUCAGUUUCUUUUCUAUCUAUCUUUUUUUUUUUUUUUUUUUUACAGAGACUGUUUUAACUAGAAGAAUGAUCAUGAUACCUUUAUAUCAAAUAUGUAUAAAAUAUUCUCCAUGUUUAUGUUAGAUCUGUCUGUUAACAUACU